CAUGUUAAGUAGUCCAGCCUCUUCCAUUGGAAAUAAUAAGCAAAAGCUGCCACAUGGUUGCCAAUAUGGCUUUACAUGGACACAACCAAUGGUCAAAGAAUACUUUAACAUUGAAUGGGUAGGAGAUUUGUCUGGUGAGGAUGUUUUACAGAUGGGAGGAAUAAGAACCGAGCUAAAUCCUGUCCAAGCAGAAUACUUGUCAGAUCUAGAACAUAUCAUCACAUUUAAUGAAGUUCCAAAAUUAGGAAAUAUUAAAAGUAGAAGUAAACAUUUAAAGCUUGUUCUACAAGAAAUGCUAACAAAAGUCUCACCUGAUUCAGCGUAUUAUAAAGAUCUGAGGAAACUGUCUGGUCAUCAAUGUCUAUUGUCAAGUGGAAGAAAUAUUACAGCUUUUAUUAGAAAUAUGGAAAAGUAUGUAAAAUUGAUUGAAGAGAAGGAUGAGCUGUGUCCUUGUGGAUUUUACCAAGAUUUGGCUGGCAGAUUUACCGAUAUGUUUUUAUUUGUAGAAUUCAACCCACUUUCAUCUGUUUGGGAGAAUUUGAAAGGAGUUGAUGUUACAAUAAAACCAGAUUUAAGACUCAGUACAAACAAAAGUAAUGGGCUGGCAUUAUCUGUAAAUGAGUUAAAAGUGAACAGACUUAAAAUUGAAGAAGAAGACUAUCAGGGUCCACCACCUAAAAAGAGGAAAUGGAGUUGGCAUCCCAAUUCAUCACAAGAUCUCCCAGACAGCUCUGUUGUAAAAAGAUUAGGACCAGGAAAAAUAUCAUUUACUGACCAAGUUGAAGGACAACAUGCAGGACAAUUAUUGGUUGAUCUGCAUUCAAUGAAAGAGAAACUCACUGAUAGCAAUAACACUUAUUUAAUGCCAGGCUUGGUUAUUGAGGGGACAUCGAUUGCCAUGACCAUGUUAGUUAUUUCAAAGACACAUUUUGACAAGAUUAAAAACAAUGAACCAUUGGGCGAAGAGGAUAAAGGAAAGAUUUAUUUUAGUUGGUUUUACGAUUUUAUGAUGGAAAGUCAACGUUCAAUUCUUAUAAAGUUAUUACUUAGUUUAAACAAUACAUCAGAUUUUAGUAGCAAGCAAGUAACAACAUGACCAAUAUAUGUAUAUUAAACUUUCACACGCAGAACAUUGUCAUUGGAAAAUAAUGAAGAAUAUAUGAUGCUGCCAGUAUGCAUUGAAAACAGACUGUGCUACCCACAUGUUAAUAGAUAGUAAGAUGUGGUGUUAGUAGCAAUAAGACAACUCUCCAUCCAUAUAACAAUUUAUAAAAGUAAACCAUUAUAGGUCAAUGUAUGGCCUAAAUGUACAAAUGUAGUUUAUUUUCUUUGGAAAUAAUCAUGAUU